GCGCUUUGAGACGUCUCGAAGACGUGUUAAGGCGCUGUAUCGAUUGCGAGGGCUACUGCGUUAGUAGGUGUUUUAAUAUUGGUACUGUCCGUAGAGCAAUAGGAGGUACAGUAAUAACAAGACUGUGGAGCAGCAGUAGUGGGUGUGCAUAUUCCAUAUGGAUUACUCUUUGCUGUAAAAUGUAGAAAACAUUUUUAAAGAUUUCUGGAGCGAGAUAUCUGCCUUACUCUUCUUCGGUGUUGUAAGACACUUGAGUUAAAUCCUGCUAGUGAAUUACCUGCAAGACAGAAGAAUAUUGUAGAUGAAGCAGGAUGACUUACACCCCAAAGAAGUGUGGAGUGAAGUUCAAACCACCUGCUAUCAUUUUAAUCUACGAAGAUGAAAAGACUAAGAAAAUUCGACAGAGGUCGAUGCCAGUUAGAAAUUUUUCCAAAUUUUCAGAUUGUAGCCGAGCUGCAGAAGAACUCAAAAAUAACCCUCGGCAUAAGCCGUUCCUUGGUGGAGUGUCAUUGCAGCAGCUGCAAAAGCUAUACCAGCUCCUGAGAAACAGUCUAUCUGGAUUGAGCCUGGAUCGCAGCCUGGAAAUAAUCCACAAAGAAAACACCAUUGAUCCAGAGGAAGACCUUAAUAAACUUGAUGAUAAAGAAUUGGACCAGAAGAAAAAAAUCAUGGAUGAACUUUUUGAAAAGAACCGGAAAAAAUCUGAUGAUCCUGACUUUGUCUAUGACGUGGAAGUUGACUUUGCCCAGGUUGAACCAAUUGAGUCAUGUGGUUGGGACGAUGAGGAGACAAAUGAAGAUUUCUGAUUUUUCCUUUUCAGAACUGUUGAAUGUCCUUUUUUUGUGAGGUCAGAAUAAAAAUAAUCUGUUGGCAAAUGGGACUCCUGGACUGACUGAGAAACAAACAUUUAACACCAUUCCUGUCUCUUCCAAGCAGCUUGGAAGCAAUACACAGCUGUAUUUAAGGACAUUUAGAAUUUUAGACCUGGAAUGGCUGUUACUUGUUUUCAAAGCAUGAAUUACUUAUUGCUACGUGAUCAUUGAAGUCUUUGGUUUUGUUAGCACUAAGAAAACAGCAUUACGAACAUUGGGUUAGUGUUAAUAUUUUCUUAAAAUCCAACUUUAAAUAAAAAGUUGGGCCCUUGAUCAUAAAUUAUGUAAUUAGUCUGUCAAUAAAUAAAGCCAAUGGAA